AUGGGGAACAAAAAUGAUGAAAGCCAUCGAUGAAAUUUGUAAUAAUCUGAUUGGUUAAGAGAAAAGUCACAUGUCUAAAACAUGGCUGCGCCCAGGCCAGGGAAUACAGACAGGGGAUGGAAUGACCCCCCUGUGUUUGAUUAUCAAUCAUCAAGUGCACUUCAGUCGGUACAUAAAAGGACGAAUCUGAAUAAGAGAGUUGCUUAUCCUUUAUCUGACAGCAAAGACCAAGAAAACAGUGUCAUUGCAGGUGCAGUAUUGGAUCCUUCAGAGGGACCUCCCCUUCUGAUGACAGGUCCUGCUAUCACUCCCUCUCCCGUCCAGCUUCUACCCCCAGUACCUACCACCUGUGCCCCGGCCCCUGUGCCUAUCCUAGUCCCAGGAAUGGUUGUUGCACCACCGUCAGUUAUCACAUCACCACAGUCUGUCAGUAAAAGCUGCACAGUGGGAUAUAACAGUUUGGAGGAGGCCAUGAAAGCAAUGAAUCUCCAGAGUUCUGAGGAAUUGGUGGAUGCUAUCAAAGGCUCGCUACAAGAGGGACUUGACAAAGUCAAGGCCUCAUUCACUGAAAGGUCAUAUGAUGAUGUGAAGAAAAAAAUUAAGAUGUUUCAAGAAUCCUGGGACAAGUUGUCUUCCCCUGUUAAAUGUGGAAUGUGCAGUUUAGGAGACGCUUUGAGAAAGGGUAACUAUGAUGCUGCAUGGUCUGCUCAUCAAAAUCUGAUGGUUGACUACACUGCUGAGGUUAAUGCUUGGAUGGUUGGCAUAAAGAAAGUUGUUCAUGAAUUAAAAAAUCUCCCGAACUCUUCUCCAAAAAUCUCUGAGGACGCAGAAUUGUCAAACCAGGACAACAGCCAGGUGAGCUUACUUGACUUAGGGACAGGCACCAGUGUAGACAGUGCACCAGUAAACCAGACUGCAACAGAAUGUAUUACAGAGGACAACCCUGCUGAUACAGGGACAAACACCACAGAGGAUAGCGGGAAAGACGACAGAGAGACUUGAGAGAAUAGUGAAAUUUUAAAUAUGUGAAUUUAAAAGGUUGAAGGAAUAUCAUUUCUUAUCUUGUUCAUAGGAAUCAUAAAGGAAAACAAGAGAAGAUAAUACAUGUAUCAUCGGUGAUGGAAUUUCAAAAUUCAAAAAAAAAAUGUAGAAGAAUUUUGUCACAAAGCAUAUUUGUCUAGGUAGAUUCAUAUGUGAAAUGAAUUGGUAUUUUUAGAUUUAGGAAAUUGUGAUAAAUGCAUUAGAAUUUUUAUGACUGAUGGCCAUUAUUUUAAGAUAGAUUAUCAUUCUGAAAAUUCAAUUUUUAUAUUAUGGAUUGAAAAUUAUUAGAUCUAAAGGCUGAUGCACAAUGGUGCUUUUACAAAUGUGGUGGUAAACUGGUGCGAUUUUUAAUUUUUAUACCUGUAAUCUAUAUCGUGUUGCUAUGAGAAAUGGUAAGGGUCCUGCUCAGCAGGUGCCCUCUAGUGAUCUGUCAGUCCAUCUGAUAUCACUCAUUUGAAAUUUAUUUUCUCUCCCAUUCUACAAGUGCUCAUGAAUCAGAAUGGUUUGUGUAGUGACUUUUAAGCAAGGUUCUAGAUCAGAAGUCAUGGUCAAAGAAAAUCUCUAUCCAGAAUCAUUGUUAGCAGCAUGAUUUCUCUCCCCCUUGGUCUUAUCUUCCUCACUAAGGUAAAGAUUAAGUAAAUCUCGGUGUAAAAUUCUUGCAUAUUUUGACACUUAACGAGGCCGGGUCUUAUUUGUUCUGCCCUAGAUUUUUGAAUGAAAUUUUUUACAUUAAUUUCUACCGAUAUAAUUAUUAUUUCAAGGAAAAAAAAUAAGACAUUUACCACACCGUUUGUUUAGGAGAUCAUCUCAAAGUUUGUUAAUUUUUAACAUAGGACCCUAUGGGAUUUUGCUUGAAAUGUAUGAAUUUUGCACAUUUUUUACAUUUUUUUUAAACUUCUGCCCUAGGGAUUUCUCUUUCUGUUCUACAUAUCAAAGUUAUUGCUAAAAGGCAUCAACUGGUCAAAUAAUAAAAACUUUUAACUUCUUGUUUGAUCCUGGGGUCUUAUCAAAGUUGAUUUUUGGAUGCCCAAUUUCCCAGAUUUGUCAGAUAAUGGCAAUUUUUUAUUUGACAAAGGCGGAAAUGGUGAUUUUUAUAGUAUUAUCAAAACAAUCAGACAUAUUUAAGUAAUAGAUAAAUAUAUAACAUCACAUAUUAAGGGUCAUUAAUAUAAAAUACAUGGUUACUGUCUUGAAAUAUAUGAAUUAAGCUAUAUUUAGGCGGGUUGAGAAAACGUGGCAGAGGGCUAGGCUUGCUAAACCCUCUUCACGUUUUCGACCCGAGCCCAAACAUAGCUUAUACUUCGAGACUUUUAUGUUUAUUCCACAAUAUAACAUUGAUUUUACGCAUUUAACGAGCUAUUUUCAACAAAUUUCGCUGAAUAUCUGCAGUUGAAACUAUCACGCCAUGGCGUCAACCAAGCAAAAUAGUGACAUCACAAUACAAAUGAAACGCUGCGCGAAAGCGUGCGUACUCGUUCUGUACUCGGCCUCGUUAAAUGAAAUGCCUGCUUGCAGUGACCCUGAACCCAGGUUAAAAUCCAAGCACAACCCUUUUAUCCUUAUGUCCUAAGAUAUCUGCAGCAUGGGGUCUCCCAGAAAUAAUACUGACACAAAUGAUACUUAAUAUUUUUACUGGAAUUUUUUUUUAAAAUUAAGGAUUGAGUGCCAAAGGUUAGUGCAAUAUUGUAUAGUGGUUUACUUCUAUAUGUAUACAUGUAGUUGAAAUUGUAACAUCAAGUAUUUAUCUGUUCCAGUACUGCAAAUGUAUCCCAGAAUUACAGUAAAUGUUUAUGUUUGUAAUUUUGCAUAUCAAUGGGUUGUUAAGAAUCAAUAAAGUAUUAUUAUAAAAAGAAA